UGUGUCUUCGUUAUGUCUUGGAUAAAACCUGAAUCAGUCGGUCGGCAGCGGGCUCACGGGUUUGACUGCUUUACGAAUUAUCCUCGUGCAAAUGGAAUUUGUUAUAAAAAUUUGUUUUCUUUCCUUGUUCGUUUUGUUACUGUUCGACAUCUGCGAAACAUAUUCACAAUGUAAAGUCCCAAACGGAGACGCGGGAACGUGCAUGGCGAUCGCAAAAUGCAAAACAAUAAACGAUCUUUACAAGAAAAUACCAAAAACUGACGAAGAACGCUUAUUCAUACGACAGUCUUCGUGCGGCCUCGGUGAAAAGAUUAAAGUAUGUUGUCCUCAUCAGUCAAGAUUACAAGUAAAUCCAGUGAUUUUCCCCAACUUGAUAUCAGAUACUACAAAAGAAAUCAAAACUCCAGUUGCAGUACCCCUUAUUGUGUCACCAGCGUCUUCUGGAGUGAACUUGGAUAAUACUCACCUUGAAACAAGGGCAUUACCCUCUCAAUUACCGAAACCAGGAGUUUGCGGCAUUGAUUCAUCGAGUUCAAACAAAAUUUCUGGUGGUGGUCCAACAGCGAUAGAUGCGUAUCCAUGGUUAGCACUCCUAGAAUAUUCAGGAGAAAUCUUGGGCUGUGGAGGCAGCCUCAUCUCCUCGAGAUUCGUAUUAACAGCAGCGCAUUGUUUAGAUUCAGUAAAUGGAAAACCGAUAAUAGUUCGCCUGUCGGAGUACAACACGACAUCGUAUCCGACCGAUAUCGUAGAAGUGGAAGGAGGCGGUUACGAUAAAAUUACCGUUUCUAUGAUCCCAGUUAAUAGUGUUUUCAAGCACCCAAAUUUUAACAGGAACCAAAGGAUUCACGAUAUUGGAUUAGUUAAGAUGGAAUACACUGUUAAAUAUAGUGAUUUCAUUAAACCUAUCUGUCUACCUCAAGUGAACUACAUGGGAGAGUUCAACAAAACCACCAACUUUACAGUAGCCGGUUGGGGUACAGACAAUGGUAAAAAGAACGAGGUUAAGAUGGAUGUCGUUGUACCUUUCAUGCCGACGAAUGAUUGCAAAAUCGUACAUGAUAUUGUAAAUGAAUAUCAGAUCUGUGCUGGAGGGGUUGAGGGAAAGGAUUCCUGCGACGGUGACUCUGGCGGACCUCUCAUGUACGAAAAGGAUCAAUACUAUUACGUAACAGGAAUAGUUAGUUUCGGAGCGCAGAAAUGCGGAACUCCCGGUAACCCUGGGGUAUAUACCAACGUCUUUAUGUAUUUGUCCUGGAUAAAUAAAGUGUUGAGCGCAAAUUAAGUUAAUUCGUCUAAAAUAUUGUAGCUACUUUAUAGUCACAAUCCAAACUAUUUGGAUAUAUCUAGUCUAAUCUUUUCCGCGUACGUGCAAACUAUGGAAUGACCUCGUUCCUAAGGUUUUCCCUGAGCGCUAUAAUUUGGGGAUUUUCAAGUAACGAGUGUACAGACAUAUUUUCCUUAAAGGCCGGCAACGCACCCACCACUUAUCUUAUGUUGCAAAUAUCCUACAGCGACAGUAUGUACUGUAUGCUCGUUGCCCCCUUCGUUAUAUAAAAGCUUUAAACCAAAGCGUAUGCAAACGCAAUGUAUAAAACAGAUUUAUUAGUAAUAAUUCGAUUAGUUUUAAUUAUUUGUAAGUAUCUAUUUAUUGUUUUAUAUUGAUUCAAUAAAUACUUUUUUUUUGAUAAACUAUUAUUUUCAUAAAAAUAUUGUAAAAUAAUGUUUUUCAGUAGUUUUUGUGUGAAAGAGUUACAACCAUCAAUCCAUCCCCACGAACUUUUGCAUCUAUAAAAUUAGUAAGACAAUUGAUAUACACAGAAGAAACAUGACUUUUAAUGUUUUAAUUACCUAAAUAUUAUAUUGAGGUUUAGAAUCCCUCGUGUGUGUAUUCAUGACUAGUUAUUUAUGGACAUCUGCAAAUUGCCUUGACCUUAUUUAUAUCUGUGAGGGUCUUGUCUUUAUUUAAUAUAUCAUUUAAGCUAUUAAAUAAAAUUGUAAAAUAUAA